AUGGAGGAAUAUAUGAUCAAAAAGGAUUCAAAUAAGGGUCAUGGAUAGAUUUAAGUUAACAAUUUUGGGAGUAUUAAAAUUGAAUAAUAUAAUAGUUUUAGUUAAGUAAUAUAUGUAGGUUAAUAUAAAGAUGGUUUAAAAAUUGGGAGAUGGAAUAUAAAUUAUAGAAAAUAAAAUUAUAAGCAAUUUUAAAUAAUGUAUUUUGUAGAAAUAUUUUAAUUUAAGUGGUGGUGGAUAAUAUUAAAAUCAGGGAUUCAAGACUAAUAAAUGGAUAGAAUUGA